AUGAUUGUCGAGCGCGCCUCGUACAACUGGGCCUACUCGGAAGACAUACCCGGUUCGCGGUGUGGACCUGAGGAUGGACCUUGGCCGCGCCCGUACCAGGUUCUCGACGAAGACGAGAUCUGGCGCGAGCUACGCAUCCUCGCUCGACCGCUUAGCUCAAACGUCGGCACACAGGGCAGGUACCGGGCCCACAGCGUCAAUUUCCAGCCAUCGCCAUCGACCAAGACCCAGGACCGCUAUGUGGUGACGCAACUGAACGUGGGAGGGCGGUUAUGGUCGUUUACCGGUGUCUUCGACGGCCACCUCGGAGAUGUUACGGUCGAGCAUGUUGCCCACCACCUGCCCAUCAUCGUCCGGGAUUUUCUCGCUGAGGGAGAGAAGUCUAUCCAGGAUGGAGCUUACAACCCCCAAUAUAUCUCCGACCUCUUCACAAAAGCAAUCAUCGCCUUCGACGAUGCAAUCGCACAUGACGUCCUCGACCUCUUUGGUGGCUCAGUCGACAAACUUGAUGACUACACCGACAGCCAAAUUCGAGACACUAUCAACGACCAGCAUCUGCCAGGUCGUCCCAACCACACAAAAACACGCUUAUGCAUGUAUGGCACAACCGCCCUUGUCGCCCUUGUUGACCCAGAUCACAAGGAUCUCUGGAUUGCCAACCUCGGCGAUUGUCAAGCCAUCAUGGUGACCCCCAAGAAUAACGGGAAGGAUUGGGAUAUUGAAGUGCUGACAACGAGUCAUAAUGGGGACAACGACGCCGAGUUGGAACGUGUGCGGAAGAGCCACCCAAACGAACCCGAGUGUGUCGUAGAUCGCAGGGUCUUGGGCGCCCUCGCACCAACGAGAUGUUUCGGCGACAUCCCCUUCAAGCAGCCGCCCGCAUUUACUCGCAGGAUCCUGUACAACCUCCACCCUGGCUUCCACAACACCUCGCCAUGGGAGGAGUUCCUCAAGCGGAACAAGACGCCGCCCUACAUCACCGCGGAGCCACAGAUCAUCCACAGGCGGAUAGACGACACGCACGCGGCCGCGUCGGCGUGCCCAGUCACCGGCAUCAGUGUGUCGGUCCCCGCGGUGAAGAAUCUACUCUGGUCAAAGACGUCUAUCAUACCUCACCCCGAAGCCCCCCAGCCGCCCCUUCCGCGCUUCUUGAUCCUCGCAUCAGACGGGUUCGCAGACCUCUGUGAGUCGGACGGCGAAGGGCCGCAACGAAUCAUCGAGUCGUGGGCGCGCAGCAUGGUAAUGCGCCACCCACCUGAGAGCGUCACGGACCAGCCGGCGUGGUCGGAGAAAGAUAACAUGGCGCUUAGGCUCCUCCGGCGUGCCAUCGGCGGCGAGGACAGGCUCAAGGUGUCGAAGGUGCUCACGUUGGACAUGGACUCGGCCUGGAUCGACGACACGUCCAUUGUCGUGCAGACGAUAUAA